UUCCAUAAAUCUCACCAGCCAGUUAAAAUGGGAUAAUCCUCUCUGGUCACUGAUUAUGUCACUAUACUUGACGAAAUACGAAGUCCAAUGCGGCAGACCUCUCUGUCUUAGGUGAGUAGAAAGGACCAGUGAGGACGUUGGUUUUGAAAGCUUUCCUUUGCCACCAAAAACAGUCUUGAACGAAGCUUGUGCAAAACAAGAGGUACUGUAAAACUUCCGGCAAGAAUAGAAAAAAACAAAGGAUUUACCGAAUUGAUUGACAAAUCUAUUGAAUGGUCGAUGGAAAAUUAAAUUUAUUGAACACAUAGGAGUUACGAAAAAGUUAAUUUAAGCCGCCUAUUGCAAGUGAGGGCAAGAUUUAUCUUAUUUUCUAUUCAUUCAAUUACGAAAAUUCGGAAGCGAGCGGCUCUUCCGUAAACAAAACCUCUCAGAUCGGAUCUCAGGGGGUGUGAAGUUUUUGAGGCUGAGUUCUGUUCUGUGAUCUAAUGAAAUAUUUAUGAAGAGGGACACGCUAAUAGCAACUCUUCAAUUAUCAAGAACAUUUUUCCAAUGCCAUUUAGCAAUGGGAAAGAAGAAAUCUCAAUCAAGUUCAUGCAACGAGCACAAUUCUGCAGCUGGAGCUGGAACUGUGGCAUCUCCCAUAACAUUAGACAAGUCCGGUAAUGUUGUCAUCUCAGUCCUUGCCAAACCUGGGGCUAAAGAGAGUGCCAUCACAGGUAUGAGUGAAGAAGGCGUAGGGAUACAAAUUGCCGCUCCGCCGCAGGACGGCCAAGCUAACGCCGAGCUCAUCAAGUUCCUGGCCCGCGUGCUGCAAGUACGCAAGACUGACGUCUCUCUGGACAAGGGCAGCAGAGCGCGGCAGAAGCGCAUCCUGGUGCAGAACAUCGAGCUGCAAAAGGCCAAUGAUCUCAUCUCCACAGCGGCCAAAAAUUCUCUGUGAAUCAUUAACUUCAUGCUAAGUGAUAAAGAAUAGCCUUAACUUUGUUCUCUUCUUAUUCCAUUCAUUAUUGAAGUCGCUUAGUCUAAUGGAAUCAUUUCUUAAAAUGUCGUCUUAUACUCGAUUGCCAUGAUUUAAGCUCUCUCGAUCAUUGCUCGAUGAGAGAGAUUGCUGUUAAAUUUCUAAUAAGUAUUAUUUUCACGAAUACUCUUAAAAGUGCUCAGCGUUAGUGCCUCUGCGAUCUACGCUAAUAUAUUUUCCAUUGAUCGAUCGCGGGAGGCGGGAAGCACAAUCUCAGAAACGCGAUGCCCCAGAUUUCCUUACCUCCAAGUAUCAAAUGUAAAAUAAUUGAUUUUACAAUUAUGUUAUAAUACAACUAUUGCAGUUUUCCAAUUAAAAUCUCAAGUACACAACAGGAUGUUAUGGUCAGACGAGUUUUUUAUUAAAGAUGAAAAAUCUAGUAGGGUUCAGUUAUGACGUUUAAAACCGUAUGAUAUCGCAUGCCCUGUAAAUACGUACAGUGCUGGACACGUGCAACUUCAUCACAAGUCAGAAAAUAUUCGCUUUAUCGGCAACAAUUGUCCUUGAAUAUUUCGUGAUCCCGACUUGAGAAGGAGAUGCUCAAGUGGCCGGUCAUCGAGACGAAACAAAUUGUUCAAUAAGCUCUCAUUCAUAUAAUUAGAAAAAAACGUUCUGACAUUCGGACAACUCGUUAUCAAGAGUUUCUGCAUGUGCACCAUUGGCUCUUAUGUGUUCCAGUAUCCUGUCAUGAAUCUAGUAUCGGUUAUACCGAAAUUCCAUCAAAAAAUAUUUGUGAACCUGUGAUUGACUGGUUAUUCUAUGUUCACUGUUUUUACUGUCUCGCAAAAAAAUUGGACGCGAUGUGUAAAUAUAACACAAUGGCCGCACAAUGCGCGUGAUGAAAAAAUACAAGGUACAUACAACAAAAACUUGCAAGUUUAGUAUGAAAUACAGAGGGAACUAAUUUCCAAAUGUUGUACCUGAUUUUAUUUUAUACCACUCAAUUUUGCAGGCUACAGUUGAAAAAUUCGCUGCUGUGAAGCUUCAAAAACAAAGCACUUUGAUGUUUUGCGGAUCUUCACGUUGGAACUCUUGAAGGAUGACUAAGCAAAUGAGCUAGAAAGCGCUGGGUAACUAUAAUGAGUUUGAUUAUAUGAAAAGGGUAAUAUUUUCAGUCAAAAUCAUGCCUAUCUCUGUGUAAAGUUUGGACUACUAAGA